CAGGCGGCGGCGGUUGCCGGGGCGACGGCUGGAGAGUUGGCGGCCCGGCGGGGCGGGCGCGGGUGCCCGCGGCAGAGCCCCAGAGAUUUUUGCUGUGAGAAUUAACAGUAACCUUUCAAUAUGGGGGAUAUCCUGGCUCAUGAAUCCGAAUUACUUGGACUAGUGAAAGAGUAUUUAGAUUUUGCUGAAUUUGAAGACACCUUGAAAACAUUUUCAAAAGAAUGCAAAACGAAGGGAAAAGCAUUACCCAAAACAGCAGGUAGCUCCUUAAGGGACUCCAAAUCAUCGAUAAUCCAGAAGGACCUCAUUGCUGCGUUUGACAACGGAGCCCAGAAGGUGUUCUUCGAUUUGUGGGAAGAGCACAUUCCCAGCUCCAUCCGAGAUGGUGACUCCUUUGCCCAGAGGUUGGAAUUCUACCUUCACAUCCAUUUUGCCAUCUAUCUUCUGAAACGCUCCGUGCGGAGACCUGACAAAGAGGAACUGGAUGAAAGGAUUUCUUAUUUCAAAACCUACCUGGAGAGCAAAGGGGCAGCUCUGAGCCAGACCACAGAGUUCCUCCCUUUCUAUGCGCUGCCGUUUGUUCCAAACCCUAUGGUGCACCCAUCCUUUAAAGAGCUCUUCCAGGAUUCUUGGAGUCCAGAAUUGAAGUUGAAGUUGGAAAAGUUUCUAGAUUUAAUUUUUAAAGCCAGUAACACGCCAAAGCUUUUAAUGUUAUAUAAGGAGAAUGGACAAAGUCACAAAGAAAUGUUGCAGCAGCUCCACCAGCAGCUGCUAGAAGCUGAGCGUAGGUCAAUGACAUACCUGAAACGGUACAAUAAGAUCCAGGCGGACUACCACAACCUCAUCGGAGUCACGGCAGAGCUGGUGGAUUCUCUGGAGGCCACGGUCAGUGGCAAGAUGAUCACUCCUGAGUACCUGCAGAGCGUCUGCAUCCGCCUCUUCAGUAACCAGAUGCGGCAGAGCCUGGCCCACAGCGUGGACUUCACGAGGCCCGGGACGGCUUCAACCAUGUUAAGAGCCUCCUUGGCACCCAUGAAACUGAAGGAUGUCCCACUGCUGCCCUCCUUGGAUUAUGAGAAACUGAAGAGGGAUUUGAUUGUGGGGAGCGACCGCUUGAAAGCUUUCUUGCUGCAGGCUCUGCGCUGGCGCUUGACCACAUCCCAUCCCGGGGAGCAGAGGGAGACCGUGCUGCAGGCCUACAUCAGCAAUGACCUCUUGGACUGCCAGGGCCACAGCCAGAGCAGCGUGCUGCAGCUGCUGCACGGGAGGAGCCACGUGGUGCGCCAGUACAUGGCCAGGCUCAUCAACGCCAUCGCGUCCCUGGCAGAAGGUCGCCUCUACCUUGCCCAGAGCACGAAGGUGCUGCAGAUGCUGGAGGAGAGGCUGAAGGAGGAAGACAAGGACGUCGUCACCCGGGAGAAUGUGCUCGGGGCCUUGCAGAAGUUCAGCCUCAGGCGCCCGCUGCAGACAGCCAUGAUUCAGGAUGGCCUCAUCUUCUGGCUGAUCGACAUUCUGAAGGAGCCCGAUUGCCUGUCCGACUACACGCUGGAGUACUCGGUGGCUCUGCUCAUGAACCUCUGCCUCCGGAGUGCAGGGAAGAACAUGUGCGCCUCAGUGGCGGGCCUCGUACUGAAAGUUCUUUCGGAUCUGCUGGGCCAUGAAAACCACGAGAUACAGCCAUACGUGAAUGGAGCACUGUACAGCAUCCUCUCUAUCCCGUCCAUCCGUGAGGAAGCGAGAGCGAUGGGAAUGGAAGACAUCCUUCGCUGCUUCAUGAAAGAAGGCAACGCUGAAAUGAUCCGCCAGAUCGAAUUCAUCAUCAAGCAGCUUAAUUCAGAAGAGUUCCCGGAUGGUGUUCUCGAAUCUGAUGAUGAUGAAGAUGAAGAUGAUGAGGAGGACCAUGACACCAUGGAAGCCGAUCUGGACAAAGACGAACUGAUCCAGCCCCAGCUCGGCGAACUCUCAGGCGAGAAGCUCCUGACCACGGAGUACUUGGGAAUCAUGACCAACACGGGGAAGACGAGGCGGAAGGGGCCAGCUGGUGUUCAGUGGGGCGGCGACGAACCCCUGCGCAGGCCCGUCACCCCCAGCGGCCACAGGAAUGGGUACCCAGUGCUGGAAGACCAUCCCGUUUCCCCCCAGACAUCCCGACAUGCCAGGAAUGGCUGCCUCCAGUCCCCGCCCAAGGCCCACCUUCCAGUCUGCAAGGGCGGCGAGCCUGGUGCUUCGGAGCCUUGCGUUUCGACUUCAUCCUCCAGGGACGCCAAGCCAGAGGAGUGGCUGCCAGGAGGACAUCAGGGAGAGCCUCGCCUGCCCCCCUCCGUGGCCCCCAGCCACCCGAGGGAGGUGCCCUGGGCCCUGUGCAGCAGAGAAGCCACCAGGGAAUUUUCGUCAGCCUUUGCCUGCAAGCCCCGGACCCCCUGUACCCCGGAGAUCCUGGACCUGAACCCACCCAAGGCCAAGGCGUCAGCCCUGGCCCCUCAGUUCUCACGUGGCCCCCAGCAGGCCAGCCGGCCUAGCUACACUGCGUCCUCCACUGCGUCGUCCUCCACGAGGGGCCUGCAGAGCAGCCAGUCUCUCAGGAAGUGAGGCUGGUUUCUUCCCAGCUCACCGAGCCUCUGCAGGACCAGCCAGCUUCCCGGCUCCGCCCGCCAGCAUCCGCAGAUGACAGAUGUGAAGAGACAGUUGUCUAUGAGCCGCUGUAGCUUGGGGAACUGAGGGGAGGACGGCUCUCCAGCCAGCCCAAAAGCAGGCCUCCCACAGCCCCGUGACCCAGGCUCCUUUUCUGCUCCUGGCUCAGCCAGACGAGGAGGGCUGGGGAGGUCCUGUCGUCCUUCCCUGGUCGUCCUGCUCACACAGAGGAGAGGGCUUCGCAGGCACAUCACUGGGUAGACAGCACGAGUCAGAUCAGUGAGCAGGUCCACCUCGGAGCUUGUGUGGAGGCGCCUGGGACCCAGCUGGAGCCAGGCCGUGGCCUUGGCAGAAACUGGCUGUCCUCACCCGGACCAACUACAAGGAAACAGCAGCAAUUUAGACUCAGAGAAAUUCAUUCCCAAGCCAUAUGCCUGACCAGCAGACUUGAUAUUCUCCUCCUCUUCUAAAACCUGGUAAGAAUAGGUUUGUUCCCAUCUGGGACUCGGAAGGUGGCUGAUCCAGAGAAGCCCUGUGCUUCUGCACACGCCGUUUGAAGGCUCCAAGGGUUGGCCAGUUGGCCUGUCUCCUUACCUCUAAGACCAGAACCACAAACGGUUCCACUAGCAAUGUGACAGCUUCCCACCGGGAAGGCCCUGUGACAUCAGAGCUCACAUAUUAGGACAAAGGAAGGAAAUUCCCCUGCAGAGCCAGCAAGGCCGGGUAUGGGAAAUGGUACCCAAGCUAAGAGCAGGGUCUGACCUCUCCUAAAAUAGAAAUAUUGAAAUAAAUUUGUCAGUAGUUAGAUGGUGUGUGUGUGUGUGAAUACAAUCACGUGUUCCCCCCAGGCUCUCCAUCUGCCCUGGCCAGGCCCUUUAGUGGGGACAUUGUUGUCUCACUGGACGUAAGUAAAGGAUAAGCAUUGCAUUUUUCAGUGACCGUCUGACUCCUCGGGGGAGCAGACAAGAGGCCAGGUGACCCAUGAGGUGACUACAAACUUGUCAGCAGUCGGGACCCUGGGUUAAUCUCGUGAGUUCUUGGCAGUGGCACAGGCUGGGCAUGAUAGAACUUCGGGGUAGUGUGGCUGGCCCCACAGCCACAUCUCGAGUCUCUGGAAAUGUGUGAGCCCCUCUUCCUGGGGAAGAAGCCGUGGAGAACACUCCUGCCUUCUCAGGAAUGCCACCCUCCGGGCGUUCUCUGGACUUUGGACUUGACCUGAGGAGACAGAAAGAGAAAACACAAAUGCUUAUCUCAGGUGUUGUUGAUAUGAGCAGACCGGAAAAGCCCAGACUGAGUCCUGGAAGUGGAAUCACUUUGUGGUGAACCGUUGCACGCAAUGGAAAACAUCUUUCCCGCUCUCCCCAGUGAAUCCACCCGCUCAGAUUCCUGGGGUGCCACCGACUGGCACGGCCUUUCCCCGCCUUCCAGUGGGAGCUGCUGACUCCAGCAGCCCCAAGGGAGUGGGAGUCAUCCUUUCCGCCCAGUGUCCCCCCGGGGUGAAGGCUGUUACUCCCUCCCUUCGGAUGAGCUAAAGUCUGAUUUGUAAAUGUCUGGCCAUUUCGAGAAAAUAAGAGAUUGUCUUUUAGAGAUGAGGGGAGUAUCCUACUCAGGUCAAACUACACUAAGCUCAUAGGUGUGGCUGGCUGGUUCUUCUGGGAAAGUAAAUAGUGACCAGCCGCUGAGCCACACCCGGAGAGUCCUCAUACAGACACACACCUCCCACCAAGGCUGACAGCCAGAGGAGACUGUAAAAUAUCAGCAACGUACUCCUCAGCAUUCAGGAAGGCCGGCUACUGGCCCCUAAUGUCUCCUGAGCAGGGAUUGAUCUCAUUUGCUUCAUUCAGAGCAGACAGAAAUAGCUUCUGUUAUAAUCCUGGGUGAGACUAUAACAGGUAGAGAUUUGAGAUCCAGUCAGAUACCAGGGGUCACUCAGCAAAUUGGGAAGGAUUUAGCCCAAAUCAAAAUAGCUAAAUAAAAAACAAAUGCACAGCCGUAACCGGUUUGGCUCAGUGGAUAGAGCGUCGGCCUGCAGACUGAAAGGUCCCAGGUUCGAUUCCGGUCAAGGGCAUGUACC